AUGGCGGGGGAGGUUGUCGACGACGACGACGACCAAAUAGUGGCCUUCUUGCAAGCACUCCUUCAGACAGAGUUUCCACCUUCUGAUCUUCUUCAUACAAGACUUCAUCGAUCGUCGUCUGGCGGAGUCGAGUUCGAGGGUGGAUUUGGUGGUGGUGGUGACUUUUUGGUAGGACCUUUUGGUGGUUUUGCCUUAACUUUUGGUAGCGGUUGUGGUGGUGACCCUCUGGGAGGACUCUUCGGUGGUUUUCUCUUAACCUUUGGUGGUGGUGAUGGUGGUGAUCCUCUGGGAGGACUCUUCGGUGGUUUUGACUUCACCUUUGGUUUUGGUGGUGGAGGUGUUGGUGUUGGUGGUGGUGACCCUAUGGGAGGACUCUUUGGUGGUUUCCUCUUCCUUCUGCAUAUGGGUGGUGGUGAGUCUGGUGACCCUCGGGGAGGACUCUUUGGUGGUUUUGACUUCACCUUUGGUGCUGGUGGUGCUGGUGGUGACCCUCCGGGAGGACUCUUUGGUGGUUUUCUCUUCAACUUUGGUACUGGUGGUGGUGGUGGUGCAGGUAGUGGUGGAGGUGGUGGUGGUGCUAUGGGAGGACUCUCUGGUGGUUUCCUCUUCCUUCUCCAUUUGGGUAUAGAUUUUUCUCCAUCACUGAGCUCUUCUUCUUGA